UUUUACUCUGUGUCAGUCAGCAGUCAGCCAGUUGUCAUUGUUGUCAAUUUUGUGUAAUCUCUGUUGUUAUCACAUUGAUAAACUCGGUUAUUAGAAUAAAACUGAAUACCUAUAUGCUUUUUAUCAGAAGCUGACAAUAAUAUUAAUUUGUUUAUAACUAAUAAAAAUGCUUUUCCAAUAUUAGAAUUUUAUGAACGAAAAUGGAACACAACAGCGCUGAUAGUUCUCCCAACUCUCCUUCAAAAAAGUUUCCUGAAAUCACGGACUACCAGUUGGAUCUCCCAGCAUGGAGUGUGGACAGUCUGAAGGCUAUAGCCAUCCAGCAGCGUCUGCCUCGCCCCCGGAGCCUUGCAUGGGCCAUCUUACUGAAUGCCCUGCCUCCUCCAAACAUGGAUAUUGUGUCCAGUCUAAAGUCUCAUAGGAACUACUACAAUGAUUUGAGUGACAAGCUGUCAAUGGACCCAAGGGCAGUCAUUGGAGAUGACCCACUCUCACAGGAUGAUGAGAGCGUAUGGAAGCAACAUUUCUGUGAUAAUGAGCUGAAAACUCUUAUACUGCAAGAUGUGGUGAGGACGUUUCCCGAAGAACUGUACUUCAGAGAGAAAGACGUGCAGGACCUGAUGGUCCGCAUCUUAUUCUUCUGGGCUCGUUCCCACGCUAACGUGGGCUACAGACAAGGGAUGCACGAGAUCCUAGCGCCCGUGCUGUUUGAACUGUACUUAGAUAGGAAAUUUGCGCCCGAUGGACUAGGGGAUAAGUUAAAGUACAUACUAAAGGAAGACUGCUUAGAACACGAUAGCUACAUGAUUUUCAGUGCAAUAAUGAAAGGCAUAGAAAGGUUUUACACGACGGGUGACAUCGUGCCUACAUCGUGUGGACGAUUACCCACAGCUAAAAUGUCUCACAAUCCAAACGAAGUGAUAAGAUAUUUGGAUAAAGUGAGAGAAGAAUUUCUAGUGCCUCUCGAUCUAGAGUUAGCUGUACAUCUAGUUGACUGCAACAUAUCUAUGGAGCUGUUUGGAAUACGAUGGCUACGACUGUUAUUUGGCCGAGAGUUCCCAAGAUCUGAGAUCCCCAAUCUGUGGGGAUUUUUAUUCGCCGACGGACCGAUGUUCCCGAACCUACAUUAUGUCAUCGUCGCCAUGUUAAUCUCCAUGAGAAAUACACUGCUGGACCCGGACCCGGGCGUGAUCCUGUCGGCGCUGAUGCGUCCGGUGUGCCUGUGCGUGGGCUACGUGUGUGCGCUGGCGCUGCACCUGCGGGCCCCGCUCACGUACCCGCGACCGCCAGCCAGGCAGGAAGUCCUCAACCACACGAACGCGGAGACGGCAGAAACGGAGCCCCGUCCGUGGCGGGACGUGGAGGUGCGCGCGGGGUCGGAGUCGGGGUCGGAGGGCGUGGCCGAGGGCGCCGACGUGGCGCGCGAGCUGGCCGCGCUGGCACUACUCAGGGCGCAACUACCGCCCGCCGCCGCCGCGCUGGCGCAGGCCCUGCCGCGGCCCCCGCCCCAUGUCCAGCAGCCGCUGCAGCAGAUCCUGCAGGUAUGUACUGCCGCGGCCCCCGCCCCACGUCCAGCAGCCGCUGCAGCAGAUCCUGCAGCUCGCAGCGUUACUCCAAUGCCGCAACCACGCCUUAAUAGACGUGGAAACGGCUUUAGAAGCCGCGGAAGGCCAAACGACGGAGAAGGUAGGUCGUCGUCAACUGGUUCCCGUAGCUAUGAUACACAAGCAACAGCAGAAACCCAAUAUAAAACCCUUGAACAAAGUGAAAGAGGUCCCAUUAAAGGUGUUUCAUCAGGGGGAGAGUGUCGCUAGUGAUCUCCCGUUCAUGGACCCCCUGCGUUUAAGGACAGAGUGACUAAGAACUAAAAUUAUGUUAUACAGUUAUUACCAUUAAUGAUGAUUAUGAAACUGGUCACCGAUUUGUAAGGCCAAAAUUUUAAUGGGGGCUAACGAUUGGCGCUAGUGUAGCAUAAAGUCCUGUUUGACCAAUAGAGAUAGAGCCUGGAACCCAUUGGACAUUAAAUUUUUGACAGCUACAGUGAUUGGAACAAAUUUGUCUCAUGCUACAUGGGCGCCAUCUAGUGGACAAAACUUUGGUAAACUUCAUUGCGAAGGUUGACUUCAUAUCUUAUGAAUGCUUUAUGAAGUGUUAAUGUAUUUGAUGAUGAUGAUUAUACAAUGUCCUAUCUCAGGGCAACUUCUGUGCUCCUUUGACUUUCAAAUCGGUACUAAUGUUCAAGAUUUUAGAAUAAUUGAAUUCAAUUAUUUCUGAAUGGAGUUUUUAGCUAAUUAAUAAAUUGGUUCUUGUAGCUAAAAUGAAUCUUUGUAAUUUUCAAUACUCGUUUUGUAAAAACUUUUCUUAUUCUUCUCUAUACUAUAUUCUAAACGUAUUUUAAUGUUUGUUAUGUGUAAUAUAUCUUUAGUAAUCUAUCUAUUGUACUCACACUAUUUAUCGACUAUUGCCAUAAUGGACCAUAGCAUAUUUUUUGAAAAAAUAUUCAUGUGUUAAUGGACUUUAAUUGACAUAGAAUUUCAAGACGAUUUAUACAGACGCACUUCAAAUAAGUUUCUAGAUUUCUUAGAUUCAUAUUUCAAUAACUACAAGUUAUUAAUGUCUGACUACAAACCAUAUUGAUGAAUGGCGAGAAUUUCUUUCUCGCAUGAACGUAUAACGGUUUACUCACAUAAAUAUUUACCUAUUGAAAAUAGCUCUACUAGUUUUAAGUGACAGAGACACUUUCCGCCAUGAGCAGAGUGCACACAGACGCGGAAGAGUAUAUAGGUGUAUAUUUACUUGAGUAAACCGUUAUUUGUAUUAUGGCACAUUGGUAUAUGGUGAGAAUGUUUCACCUUUUCUUAUGAGAUUUUCUGUUCGAUCAAAUCUAUGACUUUCUAAACUCAUUAAUUAUCUUUUUAAUUAGUUUAUGUAUUAGAAUUUAACAUGUACACAAUUUGUACAAUUCAUUGUGUAUGGAAAACGACGUGUAAAAAUGUUACAGAAAAUAGUAUAUUUAUUUAAUUAGUUGAUAAUAUGAUCUAUAUGUAUGUAUUUCUUUUAAAUAUUCUUAUGUUUUUCUGAUAUCUAAAAUAAGUAUUUAUAAGAUUUUAUGUGUAAGUAAACAUCUUUGUUUUCAUAUCUUUUUGUUAGUAAAACAUUAAUUUCUCUUUUUCCGAAUUAAAUAGUAAGUAUAAUUUUAUUUGAUUAUUGUAAGGCUAGUCAGGUCACAAAAUAGUGUUAAGUUUUUAGAACAUUUUUAGUUAAUUUUCAUUUUGGGACUGGAAAAGGGGUUAUGCAUUUAAAUUUAGAACAAUUUAACAACUUAAUUGGUCUUUGGCUAGAAAUAGGAAUAAGUUAAAUUUUCUCGUUUUUACAUAGUUUAUUUUUUAUGUACUUUAAUGUUUUUUCUUUUUUUUAACUUGUAGCAAACAGUAUUUUAUGGAUCCAGUAUUUAACAAUGUCUGUUUUUGUAGUUUUUUUAUAAUGCUUAUCAAUAGAAGAUUUUUGCACUACUAAAGGUACUAGUGUAGUAUAAGGUCUUUAUAUCAAUACUAAAUUUAAUAGUACCUUACAUCUCACUAGCGCUAUAUACUGAGCGCAAUAUCACAAACUCUUGUUAACAAGCUGUGCUAAUUUCUCCUGAUGCUAUGACAAUUUAAUUUAAAGCCCAAACCAUUUUUAACGCUAGGGUAUUAAACCUCUUCAAUCGAUAUUCGACUUAAUCACAAAACCAUAGAGAUGAAAUUGAAGUAAUUCAACAGAUUUGCAGUUUGAUGUGCUUACAUCUAUACAUAUUAGAACAUUUUUUUUUCUUUGUGUAACACAUUUGUGUAUAGAAAAAUGAGUCUUAUGACUAUGUGAAUUAUAUUACCUUCAUGUAAAUUUAGCGCAUUUAUUGCAAUGCCAUUUGGGUAGUUUUUAUUAAUAUUCUAAAAUGUUAUUUACGUAGUAGUAUUAAGAUCGGCAGUUAUAGCAAAUGUUAGAAUAGUCGCUUAGAAAUUGGACCAACAUUUGCCAAAGAAACUUGGACUUUUCUUUGGCCCAAAUGUUUGUCCAAUACAUAGUAAUAAGCAUAGAAUAUAUUUUGUGAUAGUAAAAGCUUCAAUAUGAAAUUUUAUUACAAAUAUUGGCUGUUAUGAAAGUGAUUUUCGUACAAUGGUUUAAGUGCAAGAUAAAUGUAUAUAUUUGCUAUUUAGAUGUAAGCCAAAGAACAAGAUGUUAUUAUACGUAUAAAUGUAUAUUGAUUGAGCCUUUGGAAUUUAUGGAAAGUAAAUAAAAUAUAUUUUUUCGUCCAUGA